AUGUCAGAAGAUGAAUGUGAGUUAAAGAAGCAUGGCUACACUCUCGGUUCCACUCUCGGUGAAGGGUCGUAUGCCAAAGUCAAAGCUGCUUUUAGCGAGAAAAUACAGAAAAGAGUUGCAGUUAAGAUCAUCAAUAAAAAGAGGGCUCCAAAAGAUUUUCGAGAAAAGUUUCUACCAAGAGAGUUAAAAGUUUUGGCAUCUAUAAAUCAUCCAUAUUGUGUCAGAUUGUAUGAAGCCAUAGAAUUGAAUAAUAAGGUAGGAACUAUCUAUAUCGCAAUGGAAUAUGCCGGACAUGGUGACUUAUUGGAAUAUAUUAAAUUACGAGGUGCAAUAGCAGAAGACAGAGCUAAAGUUUUAUUUCGUCAAUUAGCUGAAGGUGUUGAAUAUCUCCAUAAAAAUCAUAUGGCGCACAGAGAUCUCAAAUGUGAGAAUCUGUUAUUGGAUAGCUCUAACAACCUCAAGAUUUCAGACUUUGGUUUUUCACGCUUCUACGACCCUGGCGAUAUGAGUAGGACAUUCUGUGGAAGUGCUGCUUAUGCUGCUCCUGAAAUUCUGCAGGGAAUCACAUAUCAUAUACCAUUACAUGAUAUCUGGAGUAUGGGAGUUAUAUUGUAUAUAAUGGUUUGUGCUUCUAUGCCUUUUGAUGACUCCAAUAUUAAAAGAAUGAUACGAGAUCAGCUAGAAAGGAAAGUGGGAUUCUCUAAAUCCAAGAAAGUGUCACCCGAAUGUAAAGAUCUUAUAUACAAAAUCCUUGAAGUAAAUGUGAAAAAGCGUUAUAAUAUUCCUUCCAUAUUGCAUCAUCAAUGGUUGAAAGACGAUUCGGUUAAAUCCUCAGAAAGAAUUGCAUCUUUUGGAUGUCACUCGUCGACAAAAUCACACACGUCUUCUCGGCAAGAGACUUCAUCUGGCAGCUCUUCUCGUGCUGAAAAUAAUCAUAAUAAUAACUCUAUGGAGAGUCAUCAAUAUCGGUGUUGGGAGAUGCUGUUAGGAUCUUAG